AUGGCAAACAUGCUGAGUAGCUUCUCCUACGUCGUCGUUCUUAGAUUUGAAGACAGUAAUUGCUCCACUUUGUACUACGGCUAUGGGACUACAGAGCUCGGUGAAUGUGUCGAGAACAAAUAUCAAAGAGGAUACUCGAUCAGUACUCUGGACGCAAACAAUUCAGCUUCAAUUGAGUAUUUCGCCGAUUCGAGUUGUUCAUUGGCGUAUGCAUCUGAGACUGCCACUAAUGCUGCCGUGAUAAACCAAGAAUGCAGCUCCAACAACUAUGUGUGGUAUACGGGAAGAACUCAGGAAGUUGUGAGUAGUAGUAGCAGCGAUAUCAACACCAGCUCUUGGAGCAGCAGCCACAGCGAAGAUGGCGGAAAAUAUGCACCCAUACCUGACACCCCCACUGCUGACACCCCUCCGACUUCAAAAGAGUCCUCCAGCAGUGACGUUAGUGCUCUUACCAUCGUUAGUUUUGUCUUCAGCUGCAUAGUGCUCGCACUGGUAGCUGUUAUCAUCGUGUUGUAUCGACGCCUGAAGAGACAGACACCAGUCGAGAGUCGCAGUGGCCUCUGGGACGACGACACCAUCACCGCAACUCGAAUCCCGCGAAACAAGAUUUCCGUCGAGAAACUUUUAUGCCGGGGAGCGUUUGGAGAAGUUUACUCGGGAGUCUUCAACCGACAGCAAGUGGCCGUCAAGAUGCUGCUACCAGCCACGCGCUCCAACCUCCAGCACGUGAAUGAGUUUCUAACCGAGGCCAAGAUGACUGCGAUGAUGGACCAUCCACAUAUCGUCUACUACGUCGGUGUCGCGUGGGACUCGCUAUCCGAUCUCUGCGUCCAUCAUCCUGUCGGGAUCGACAGACAGAAAGCCACCAUCGCGCUUCACAUCUGCCACGCGCUCACAUACCUGCACUCGUUAUCAUCGCCUGUUAUUCAUCGAGAUCUCAAGUCGCGCAACGUUUUAUUGGACCAGUCGAUGACGGCAAAGCUGACGGAUUUCGGGAUUUCACGCGAACGACUUGACAGAACCAUGACGGCAGGUGUCGGGACUUCAUUGUGGAUGGCCCCUGAGGUGAUGCUGGGGGAACGAUACGGCGUGAAGGCCGAUAUUUUCUCACUUGGAGUUGUCUUGUCGGAGCUGGAUGUUCACUCGCUGCCCUACGCACGAGUAAAGCAGCAAAGUCGCGAGACGAAGGGUCGUGAACUGGGCGACGCCACGCUUCUGCAGCGAGUGUCGACUGGGAAAAUCACUGUCGAGUUUUCCUACCUGAGUCCGAGCUCGAUUGUCGAGCUGGGAAGUGCGUGUGUGUCACUAGAUCCAGCAGACCGGCCGACGGCAGCGGGGGCAAUGUAUCGGCUACAAGUCAUUCUGGCCCAAGAGCUGGCAUCGCCUCGUAACGCCGUUCUUUGA